UCUCACGCGCCCGCAGUCAUGAGACCGCCAGUAAAACCUUGCUUAUAAUGUUCUAGUGGUCCUGUCGUGGUGAACAUGUUUUUAUUCUUCUUUUUCGUUUUACUACUUAUGACAACCUCUGAAAACGAUGCUGCUGAAAGGAUUCAAGCUUUCGUCAUUCCUCACAGUCAUAUGGAUGUUGGUUGGGUGUAUACAGUGAAGGAAAGUAUGCAUGCAUACGCCAGCAAUGUGUACAGCAGCGUAGUAGAGGAGCUCUCGAGAGUCAAAAGCCGCAAAUUCAUCGCAGUUGAGCAGGAGUUUUUUCGACUCUGGUGGGUUAAUGUGGCAUCUGAUUGGCACAAGAAACAGGUGAAACAGCUGCUGCAGGAGGGUCGUCUGGAGUUUAUAAUUGGGGGUCAGGUGAUGCAUGAUGAGGCAGUGACAGAUGUAGAUGAUGCCAUCCUUCAACUCACAGAGGGUCAUGGCUUCUUGUAUGAGACUUUCGGUGUUCGGCCACGGUUCUCAUGGCAUGUUGACCCGUUUGGUGCUUCAGCCACCACCCCUGUCCUCUUUGCACUGGCGGGGUUUAACGCUCACCUCAUCUCCCGUAUCGAUUAUGACCUGAAAGAUGUUAUGCAGAAAAACAAGAAGUUGCAGUUUGUAUGGAGAGGUUCUGCUUCUUUAUUGGAAAAACAAGAGAUAUUCACACACACCAUGGACCAGUUCAGCUACUGCACGCCAUCUUACCUUCCCUUCUCUAACAGGUCUGGCUUUUACUGGAAUGGUGUGGCCUUGUUUCCAGACCCACCUAAAGAUGGCAUCUACCCCAACAUGAGUCUGCCUGUGACCAAGGAAACCAUGGAGCUUUAUGCGUAGACCAUGGUGGACAAUAUUAAACAAAGAGCCCAGUGGUUCAAAACCAGUCAUGUUCUGUGGCCUUGGGGUUGUGACAAGCAGUUCUACAAUGCUUCAGUGCAAUUCAUGAACAUGGAUGUGAUGGUUAACUAUAUUAACACACACAGUGACAAAUAUGGAGUUGCAGUUCAAUAUGCCACACUGGGGGAUUAUUUCCAGGCUGUCCACCAGACUAACCUGUCCUGGGAUGUUAGAGGAAGCAAAGACUUCCUCCCUUAUUCAACAGAAUCAUUUCAGGCGUGGACAGGGUUUUAUGGCUCCAGGGAUGUUCUUAAAGGAAUAGCAAGACGAGCAAGCUCUCUCUUGCAUGCAGCAGAGUCUCUCUUCACUCGAUACAGCAUCAGCUACCCAGAUGGGCCAGUUCCGAGAGAGUGGGCUCUAGAAAAACUCACCCUGCGUUGGGCUGUCUCAGAGGUUCAGCAUCAUGAUGGCAUUACAGGUACAGAAUCCCCCAAAGUGGCUGACAUGUACAUGCAACAUCUCAUGCAAGGCAUGAUGGGAGCUGAGGAACUUUUGGCAGCCAUUUUCUUACUUCCGCACUCCCUAGAACAUUCUAAUAACAUCCACCCACCCCAAACCAGACCGAUUGUAGAGAAGAAGGAUGUUCUCGAGCAGCAUGUCAUUGUGUACAACCCUCUUGCCUGGAACAUUUCUUCAUAUAUUAAUGUUUCUGUAUCAUAUGCAAUGGCAGUUGUGCUUGAUGAUGAUGGAAAACCAGUACCUGCUCAGAUUCAACAAUCUGCAACAAAUUCCUCUGGCUAUGAUCUGUUCUUUGUUGUUGAGCUGGGUGGACUUCAGUACAGGAAAUACCUUGUACAGUUCCCACAAUCCCACUGUGGCUCUGGCUCUGCCUGCAGGAAGACCCAUGUUGCCAGGAUAGUGAAAUUUAAAAGAAAGUACUUGAGCCAUUGGAAGAGCACAGGGAGAAAGUUGUUGCCAGUGCUGAAUGAAUGCUACAAACUGAUGUUUGAUCAAGAGACAAACCUUCUGCACAGCAUCACAGAUCGGCACGAAAAGAGGAGUAUUCUAGUGCAACAGGACUUCUGCGAAUAUGAGGCCAAUGGAGAUGUUAAUGCUGGGCCCAUCUCUGACAACUACAUCUUUACAGCCAAUGGAUCAGCUGUUCUUGCCUACAAAUCUGUAGCUAUGGAGAUUGUGCCAGGGAAAGUAGUCUCAGAGAUCCGACAGUAUUUUUACAGAAACGAGGAUGAUAAGAACCAUACAUACUCUGUGGUCACCAGAGUUCCAGUAGGAUUUCAAGGUAAGCUCGCCUGCCACCGACUGGAGCAGAGCUACAAAGUAGGCCCCUUAGAGGUGAACCGAGAAACUGUGUUCAGAACCAGCACAAGCCUUCAAAAUAACAGAACACUUUUUACUGACAACAAUGGCUACCAGAUGAUGAGAAGGACAUAUAAGAACUUUGUCAACAACACGGUUGCUCGAAAUUACUAUCCAGUGGUACGAGCAGCCUAUAUAGAAGAUGAUUCCUGCAGAGUUGCAUUCCUCACCGAAAGAGCUCAUGGAGUGGCCAGUCUGAGCCAGGGUCAGUUUGAGGUGAUGCUUCAUAGGUGCCUUUGGAACAAUCAGGAGUGGAAUCUGGGUUAUAAUUUGACCCUUAAUGACUCCUCUGUGGUACGGCCAAUCCUCUGGAUGAUACUGGGCUCCCCUGCUGCAGUAUCAUCCAUUUACCAGCAGGAGGCACUAGAACUACAGCAUAGACCAGUCGUUAUGCCUAUUGACAAACCUCAAAAGCUCUGGAUUCAGAAGGGGAAAUCUAUUCAGCCCUUUGAUCAGCCCGUUGUGUUGCCGCAAAACCUACACAUGCAGACCCUCAGCAUACCUGGCUGGAACUACAGUCCCAAUCAUACCCGGCAGCUCCAAAAUCUUGGCUCAGGUGGAGACAAACAUUUUAAGAUCAACUUUGACCGUAUUCUGUUGAGGGUCACACAUCUGUAUGAAGAAGGAGAGGACCCAGUCUUAUCAAAGCCAACCACUAUUAACCUAAAGGAAGUCAUGCAGGGCAUUGGAGAGGUGACUAAAGUUAUGGAACGUUCUCUUACUGGAACCUGGGAUAUAUCAGACCUUCAGAGGUGGAGCUGGAAAACCAAUACAGGUGUAGGGAAAACAGAAGUCAGUGGCAUGACAAAGGACUUCAAUGUAACUAUUUUUCCAAAAGAGAUCAGAACCUUUUUCAUUUAUUUUAAAUAGACAGUUUUGCUGCCACCUGUUUUUAUCUUCUGUGAAGAUUCUUAACUAAUGUGCUUUGUCAAUAAAAAAACUUUCUAAGAAUUGCACAAUUUAAAACAUUUCUGG